AUGUCGUCCAAGUCGCAAUUGACCUACAGCGCUCGCGCCAGCAACCACCCCAAUGCGCUCGCAAAACGCUUAUUCCAAAUCGCAGAAACCAAGAAAACCAAUGUGACUGUCUCCGCGGAUGUGACAACCACCAAGGAGCUUCUGGAUUUGGCUGAUCGCCUGGGCCCUCACAUCGCCGUGAUUAAAACGCACAUCGACAUCCUCUCCGACUUCAGCGAGGAAACGAUCACCGGGCUUAAAACCCUUGCAGAAAAGCACAACUUCCUCAUCUUCGAGGACCGCAAGUUCAUCGACAUCGGCAACACCGUUCAGAAGCAGUACCACGGCGGCACCCUCCGCAUCUCCGAAUGGGCGCAUAUAAUUAACUGCAGCAUUCUCCCCGGUGAGGGUAUCGUAGACGCGCUCUCCCAGACCGCCUCCGCCGCGGACUUCCCCUACGGCCCCGAGCGUGGCUUGCUGAUUCUGGCUGAGAUGACCUCGAAGGGAUCGUUGGCUACGGGUGAAUAUACCAAGGCGUCUGUGGACCACGCGCGAAAAUUCAAGGGCUUUGUGCUGGGAUUUGUGUCGACGCGGUCGCUCGGGGAGGUGCCGACGGAGGGUAGUGUUGCUUCGGACGAGGAGGAUUUUGUUGUUUUUACGACGGGUGUGAAUCUUGCGUCCAAGGGGGAUAAGCUUGGGCAGCAGUAUCAGACGCCUGAGUCGGCGAUUGGAAGGGGUGCUGAUUUUAUCAUUGCUGGUCGGGGGAUUUAUGCAGCACCGGACCCGGUGGAAGCCGCGAAGCAGUAUCAGAAGGCCGGAUGGGAGGCAUACACGGCUCGUGUCGCAGGAACAUAA